AUGGUGCUGGCCACCAUGCCUCCGUUCUCGAAGAGUGGCCUCCAGGUACUUGCUGGCGAGUACCUGGCUGGUCCUCUUCUGAAGUGGGACGAGAUGUCCCUGUUCGACCAGCUGUUUGCUGCGGGCUCCGAGCCCGAAAUGUCUGUUCUGACCUGGGAGCUGACCGAGCUCCUUUGCAACAUGGUCAUUGUCGUGGGGCCCGGCUCCCCCCAAGCCUACCUCCUCCGUGUCGUCCUCGCUCCCGAGUUUGCGUGGUUCGGCUUGCACUGGGCAGGGAUGCCACACCCUGCCCAGGUGUCCACCUACUCCUCCGACCUCCUCGACCUCCUCCACUCCCGCCCCCUGGCCGCGUCUGUGGCCCUCCACCAAAACCUGGGGCUCGGCGACGAGUGGAAGACCCUCGUCGGUCGUCUGUGGGCUCACCUCGAGCCCUAUAGCUCCUACCUCCCCGCCGGCCAGCUGCAGCUCGCAGCUGGCAACGAAAAUGACAUUCUUUCGCGAAUGGAGGAUGUCGAGUAUCCUCCUUCGCCUGUUGAGGAGGAUUUUGGGGGUGUUCUGCCCAUGGAGGGCGUUGAAUUUGUCUCCGUCUCCGGUGUCUACAUCGACACCAUGAUCCGUGAUAUUUCUCCGGACAUGGAUGUCUGUGCGGAGCGUGGGACCGUGUCGGCCGCCCCCCCUGCUCCGAUGAUUGUGCCUCCCUCCCUCCCUCUGGUGGUGCCCUCCCUCCCUGCGGUGCCUCCCUCCAUUCCUGUGGUGCCGCCGUCCUUUCCUGUGGCCGCCCCCUCCACCAACAAGUACCGGCAACGCAUUAAAAUCCCAUCGAGUUUAGAUCCGCCCGACAACCCGGCAUCAGCGCGGGGAACUCUUGGUACACAAAAGCCAAAGCAGACAAAGAGUCGGAAUGGCUGCAUCACUUGCAAGGCAAAGCGGUUGAAGUGCGACGAAAUCAAGCCAUCAUGUCACCAGUGCGAAAGGCGAAAAGUCGAAUGUGGAGGAUACAAGAAAGACUUCAAAUGGAGACCAUUCGAAGAGAUCAACUUGGCUUCUGGGCGGCCUACAGUAACCAAAGCCAAGAAAGCAAGCCCUUCGUCCCACAAAGCUCCAUCUGCCGCCAAUAUUGAUCAGAGCUUUCCUACUCCUCCAACGACUGAACAAUCGGCAUCACCAAUUCGCAUACAGUCCCACAAGUUUGAUGGCUCUCGUUCGCCUCCAGGCUCUCCUUUGCAUAGCUCGCCCAUUAGCAUCAAUAGCUUUCUAUCUAUUGAAGCACGCUCCCUUGAAGAUCUACCUCUCAUACGAGAAGAUGUUUCCAUGGCUGAGUGCACCGAGCCUCCCCUUGAUAUCAACGUGUCAUUGUCCGCCGACUCUCCCCCUUUCAAUUUUCUCUCCUUUGUGGAUCCCUUCCAGGAUUCUCUGUCGCUCGCAAACUCGCUGGUUUCUGAUGUUGAUGCUGGUCAUGCUAGACAUAUGCCUUUUGGUCCAGCGCAGCCAGAUCACGAUGCAUCGAGGCUGAGUUUCUCCCAGCUAUUGGAAGAUGAAAAUGAUGACAUUGAGGAGAUCAUCCGGAAGUCAGAUCCAGGACUGGGACCCUGGAACUUCACCUUUCCAGAGCGAGAUUCUUUCAAUAUCGACCCUCCAAGCAUGUCGGACAACCCAACCCUAGCACCCGAGAGUCCAGAAAUGCUUGUGUUGCGGUUUGAUAAGCUCACAUGUGGCAUUUUGUCUAUCAAAGAUGGUGCAUUAGAGAAUCCGUGGCGAACACUCAUUUGGCCGUUAGCAAAAGAUACGCCUGCACUUCGCCAUGCCAUCUUUGCUCUGACGGCUUUCCACUCGGUCAAGCAAAGCCCCCAUCUUCGGGCCCAAGGAAAUAUGAGGGCGGAUGCUGCGCUAGCGACUAGUCUGGCAUUGGCAUUUGCCGAUACUUGGGACCAACACACUCGCACAUGCAUUCAACAUUUGCGAGGCGCAAAAACAUUAAUGUGCCAGGUAAUCGCGUCCGGCAUGCAUGGGGGUGUCACCGACAAAGAGCUAGAUCGGAUCAGGUUCCUCUAUAACACAUGGUCCUAUAUGGACGUGAUUGCACGACUAACUUCUUUGGACGAGUGUGGUCCUCAAAAUUGGGAUUCCUCAAUCUUUGAGCUUCCGAGUGACACAGUCCACGAUAUUGAUCCGUUGAUGGGCUGUGCAACUUCUCUAUAUCCUCUCAUGAGUCGGGUGGCGAAGCUGAUCCAGCAUGUGCGGAAGAGCUCGUCGAACACAGUGUCGGUUGUGGCUCAGGCCAUGGAACUCAAAGCUCUUGUCGAGCAAUGGGAGCCACCGCAAUGGUUUGAGCCACCAGAUGACCCAAAUUCCGAGGUUCAGCAUAGCAUUCAAGUUGCACAUGCCUAUCGCUGGGCUACUUUGUUGUACCUGCACCAGGCAGUUCCAGAGAUACCAUCCGAGCCAGCCGAUGAAUUAGCAAAGAGGGUCCUGAUCUUGCUUGCCACUGUGCCCUAUACCUCCCGGACUACUAUCAUACAGAUGUUCCCUCUUCUAGCAGCUGGCGCUGAGGUUGACACCGACGAUGACCGAAAAUGGGUCUUGGAUCGAUGGACCACAAUUCAGUCUCGCUUGAUGCUGGGUGGUAUAGACCGCUGUUUGGAGGUGUUGAAGGAAGUCUGGGAGCGCCGCGACGCAAUGAAUGCUAGAAAAGAGCGUGAAAUAGCUAGUUCGCGAGCUGCUGAGUCUUUUUCAUCAGGAGACAGGGAGAAAAUGAGCUCAUCCCUGCCAACCGAUUUCCACAAAUACAGUCUCAAUGGUUCCCACAAGGGCCCAAUCGGAGGAAGAUCAGUGCAACCUACAUCGAGGUUUGCGCGACGGGGUUCCGCACUCGCGUCGCUUGAAAAUAUUGAAUUUGAAAGAACUGUGCGUGGCAGAUUGCACUGGGUGAAUGUUAUGGCUGAGUGGGGAUGGGAAGUUUUCCUUGGCUAG